AUCAGCUACUGAAAAUGUUCAAAUAAUUCCUGCAAUUUACGUCCAUGGACGCAAUUAGGAUUGGGGUGGUCUCAUCUUCACUUGCAACCCAUCAUAACCCAUUAAUCAGAUACUCCAAUUCUCUACCUUUCUCAAGAUUCCAUCAACCAUACGUCAAAAGCACCACAACCCUCAAUUGGGGAAGAAGAAGAAGCUCUGAGAAGGCGUUCAGAGUGGAUAACAAUCAUGGCCGGGACGGUAGCGUCUCUCUCGACGAGGCGGCAUACGAAUCCGAAAGGUUGAGACUUGACGCCGCUGAUCGGAAAUCUAUGGCAGAGACGGCGGAGCGCGAGGCCAAGAAUGAUGACCCAAAAGCCUGGAAAUGGGAAAUCCGUAAAAGGAUUUGGGAUAUUAUGGAGGCGAAGAACAUUGCUCAGUUCCCUCGACCCGUUCAUCAUAGGAUCCCUAAUUUUGUUGGAGCCUCAGCUGCUGCUAGUAAGUUAUGUAGUUUGGAGGUGUUUUCUGUUGCGAAUUGUGUGAAGGUAAAUCCAGAUACGCCUCAGAAGCAAAUCAGGUUUCUUACACUAAGUGGUGGAAAGAAGUUAUUAACACCACAACCGCGUCUAAGAACAGGGUUUUUCUCUGUUCUUGAGUCGAGUUUGAUAAACCCUAGUACCAUUAAUGAGGCUUGCACCUCUGUUGGAGUUGCUAAGUAUGGAAGAUCAAUUGGAUUGGAUGAAAAGAUCAAAGUAGAUCUCAUUGUUAUUGGAUCAGUUGCAGUUGAUCCAAAUACAGGUGCUCGCCUUGGAAAGGGUGAGGGAUUUGCUGAACUUGAAUAUGGGAUGCUCAGAUACAUGGGUGCAAUUGAUGACUCAACACCCAUUAUCACAUCUGUACACGAUGAACAAUUGGUGGAUGAUAUUCCAGUUGAGAAGCUACUAAUUCAUGAUGUGCCAGUUGACAUAAUAUGCACUCCAACACAAGUCAUAUUUACCAAAACAAACAUCCCAAAGCCUCAAGGAAUAUAUUGGGACAAAUUAUCUCCAGAAAAACUGGGACAGAUUCGAAUACUCAGAGAGCUGAAGAAGAAAAUUGAACAUGAAACCGGGCAGAAGCUUCCUUCGGGUCCAUCGGAGAAGUUACCUCCGACUGCUCGCAGAAAGCGAUAGUUUCACUUUCUCAUGUUUUAUGUUGUUGUAAAGAAUAAAUACCAUUUGUACUCUUAUUCUCCAUGUUAAUGAAACCGAUAUUUUACUACA